AUGGCGGCACGGAUCCAACCUGGCGCCCGCCCUGGCGGCUCGCGGUUCGCUCAGUUCAAGCUUGUUCUCCUAGGUGAAUCAGCGGUCGGAAAGAGUUCACUUGUCCUUAGAUUUGUUAAAGACCAAUUCGACGACUACCGAGAAUCGACCAUUGGCGCCGCUUUCCUGACACAGACCAUCGCUUUGGAUGAGAACACCACGGUCAAAUUCGAGAUAUGGGACACAGCCGGUCAAGAACGUUAUAAGUCUCUCGCUCCCAUGUACUACCGAAAUGCCAACUGCGCCGUCGUCGUCUACGAUAUCACCCAAGCCUCCUCACUAGACAAAGCCAAAUCCUGGGUCAAGGAGCUCCAACGCCAAGCCAACGAAAAUAUCAUCAUCGCCCUCGCCGGCAACAAACUCGACCUCGUGACCGAGAGCCCCGACAAGCGCGCCAUCCACACCCAGGAAGCCGAAGCCUACGCCAAGGAAGCCGGCCUCCUCUUCUUCGAAACCUCCGCCAAGACCUCCGAAAACGUGAGCGAGCUGUUCACCGCCAUCGCGAAGAAGCUACCGCUGGAUCAGGCCGGCCCGCGGAAUAUCCGGUCGGCGCAAAGACCUGGUGUGGACUUGCGGCCGGAGGCGGCGAACACGCAGGGUGGGCAGGGGUGUAAUUGUUAG